AUGGCACUACCCACUCGACGGGCAACAGCUCCAGUGCCUCAAGCUGAUCAAAGUGAGCAGGCGCAUGCCUCGAUUCGAGCUUUACCACGACGCGCAACGGCUCCGAACGACUUGGGAUCGAACGGGAACCGACGUAGGUAUAUCCUUUUCAAGACGCAGUCGAGUCCCUUCGGAUCACCGCAGUCCAGCUCAACACCUUUGCAACUACGGGACGUGGCUUCGGUGUCACCGGCUCGAGUGAAGCUAACGCAUGGCACCGUCGAAGGCUUUCGCCACUUGGCGCAUAGUAUCGUUUCGAGAACCCUGGCACAUGAGUGCGAAUACGACCGACUCGGACGACCGGAGCAAGCGGAGAGUGAGUGGAAGGUGCUCAAGAAGCAGAACCACCUUCAACUCUACAAGCGAAGGGCUCUGCGGGUAUGUCCUCAAGCGGAUCAUCAUCGCCUCGGGUCGUCGCUGGAGAAACCUCCAGCCGUAGCAUGCGUUGGCUCAGUCGAUGGCACGAUUGAAGACAUUCUCUAUGGAGUACACGCCAAGACACGCAGCGAGAUGGGAGCAACCAUGACAUUCAUUGGCAGACCUUCUCAUGACUGCGACGUGCUGGCUGUCCUAGAAAGCGGCACUGACAAGGACCCGUUCCGUCAACUGUCGAUCAAGUACCUUCUUGCCGAAAUUUGCGGGGAUACACGGGUCGUGAACAACCGCGACGUGUGUGCACUCGAGUCCAUGGGUUUUGGCCACGACUCAAGCGGCAAGCGCUAUGGCUACCACCUUCUUCGGAGUAUCGAUGUACCAGAAUGCUCCCCGUUACCUGAAGACAGCGGCGUGGUGCGUGCAAACAUCACCAUGUGCUGCAUCUACCGGCAAGUCCAAGGCACUGUACAGGUGUACGGCAAAGCAAUGACCGAUCUAGGUGGAAGUCUUCCGAGUUUCAUGGCUUACGAGGCAGCUUCGGAUCUCCUGCUCUCGAACGUCGAAGCAGUGACUAGUGCUAAAGCUAAACGCCUCACUUUCCUAGCGCUUCAGAACUUGCGGUCUCGACAGGAAGCGAAAGAACCUGAAGACACCGUGUCCUUAUUGACCUCAGAGCUGCGUCGAAGCAGCUCGCUGUGCACUAAACCGCAAAGUUCCAAAGGUCUGUCGCCUACAGCGUCGACGCUGAUCAAGGAUGCAGACUCAAUUCCAACGUCACAGAAGACGUCGAGCCGGGCUUGUAGCGUAUGUGGCAAGAAGCCAAUGAUGGCUCGACUCGUGCACUCGAGCCACCGCAAUUGCGGCGUAUGUGACCAAUGCGUCUGCUCCAAGUGCAGUAUCAAGCAGAACUUGUACGCCCGCUUGGAACCCGUCGCGGUUGCUUGCUGCAAAGCCUGCCUUCUAACAGCCAAGCGACUGAAGGUGGACCCCCGUGACCCGUUUCCAAUGUUCGGGUACCGAGCUCUCUAG